AUGAAAGUCGCUGUUAUCGGCGGAGGGACAUCAGGGCUCGUAACUCUGAAAUACCUAAUCCAAGCUCGCGAAUAUCUGGGCUGCGGCUCGGUCCAGGUGUACGAAGAUGCUGAGAUGGUAUCAUCAAAACAGCUUACUACGUUUUCUGACUUCCGGCGACCAAACGAGCCCGACUUCCUCAGUGCAGCAAGUUAUGUCAGGUACUUAGAGGACUACUGCACACAUUUUAACCUGUGGCCCGACAUCAACGUAAAAACUCGAGUAUUGGCGGUCAAGCGUCGUUUUCGUGGGCACACAGUCGUGUAUGAAACCGAGGAUGGCCAUCAAGCUGAGUGGGACUGUGAUGCCGUUGCAGUAUGCUCCGGCCUACACGUCGAACCAAACAUGCCCGAGAUUGAGGGGCUCGAAAAUGUGCCUCGGGUUAUACACUCGUCGGCUUUUAAGGCGCGUAAGCAGUUUCAUUCCAGCAAGACCGUCAUGAUUGUUGGCUCUGGCGAGACGGGAGCCGACAUUUCCCAUCUCGCUGUGACCACGCCAAACGCGGAGAGAGUUAUUCUCUGUCACAAGGAUGGAUGCCACUUUGCCCCCAAGAGAAACCCUGGACCAGUUAUUCUGCGGUGUCUGCGUAAGCCAGACCCGAGGGAACCAGGCAUCCCCAUCGAUAUCAGCCGGGCAAAUAUGUUUGACACAGCCUAUGUCCACAAAAUCCUCCGGCGAAACGACAAAUUUCUUUGGGACUAUUAUAAUAUCUAUAUCAAAUGCCUUCUAUUCAUAACGUCGGGGACGACGUUGGGCAUGGACCAGUGGAUCGGCGGCAUUAGCAAGGAGCGAGACCAUCCGUCAAAGAGUGGGUGUUUGUUGAUCUGCCAGAGCGAUUUCUUUAACAAGUCCAUGGAAGUCUGCCCGUAUAUCAAUGAGCCUUACCGGUCCAAAGUACCCGGGCCAAGUUUGUGGCUGUAUUCACUUCGGUCUUUCUUUGUGCAGACUCCGAUCGCCGACACUCGAGGGAAGCGGGUGGAUCUUGCACCACUUCCUCAAUGUUUUGAUGAGAAGGGUACUGUGCAAUUCUUCGACAAUAAGCGACCUGAAUAUGACCGCAUGCAAGGACAGCGAAUCCGACCAGACAUGGUAGUUAUGUGUACCGGAUGCAAAAACAGAGCUUCCCAUUUCUCAGUACGUCUAAAGACGGAAACAAUGCUCCAUAUCCGACGCCUGAUUGUGCGGAUAAGCAUUCAACAGCCCCUCCUGCCGGAAGAUGAGCAUCACUACAGACUGCGAGCCCUUCCCGAUGCAAGAAUUAACUACGCGGUUGAUCACGAAAGUUAUGCCUACCAGCUGGCUCUGGACAUUGGGUCGGCGCCCGGGCUGGCAGACAUUUUCAAGCACUUCUCGUGGAGGCACGUAGUGGUGUCUUUCAAGUUGCUAACGCUGUGGGUCUUUGGUGCUCAUAUCAACACCAAGUUUCGUUUGAAAGGACCCUGGAAGUGGGACGGUGCCCUGGACAUAUUCACGUCUGACGAAAUCUGGCAAACAGUCACACGACGACCUAUCGUCUUCGGUCACCUUGCUGUUUCGAUCAUUCCAAUGUCAAUUUUUGGGGCCUAUCAGUUUUCUGCUGCGAGCAUACGCGGCAUUCAAAUUAUUAUUUUGUCGUGCAAUGUAGUUGUUGCUUCCACCGCCCUCUUGGGCGGCGGAGCCAGCAGCCUGCGAGUAGCCUCAAACAGUGGCUGA